CGGCGAAGUCACGUGGCUGGGGCGCGCCCGCCCGUUGUGGCCAUGGCGGCCGCAGGUUCCAGUGUGGUAAGGCGAGUGGAAGAGCUCGGGGAUGUGGCUCAGGCUCACAUACAGCAGCUUAGCGAAGCCGCCGGCGAAGAUGAUCACUUUUUAAUUCGGGCCUCUGCAGCUCUUGAAAAAUUAAAACUUCUGUGUGGAGAAGACAAAGAAUGUUCAAAUCCAUCAAAUCUUCUAGAACUUUACACACAGGCCAUUUUGGACAUGACAUAUUUUGAGGAGAACAAACUAGUAGAUGAAGAUUUUCCUGAGGACUCUUCACAGAAAGUAAAAGAGCUGAUCAGUUUUCUUUCAGAACCAGAAAUUAUAAUUAAAGAAAAUAAUAUGCAUCCAAAACCCUGCGACUUGCUUGGGGACGAGCUCCUGGAAUGUCUCUCUUGGAGAAGAGGCGCUCUGCUCUAUAUGUAUUGUCAUUCUCUGACCAAAAGGAGAGAGUGGCUCACGAGAAAAUCCAGUUUGCUCAAAAAGCACCUUAUUGAUGGAAUCAGUUACUUGCUACAGAUGCUAAAUUACCGGUGUCCUAUCCAGUUAAAUGAAGGAGUAUCUUUCCAAGACUUAGACACAGCUAAAUUACUGAGUGAAGGAAUAUUUAGUGACAUUCACGUGCUGGCUAUGAUGUACAGUGGAGAGCUGUGUUACUGGGGAUUGAAGCACUGUGCAGAUGAACAGCCAGAAAAUCAUGAGGUGGAUACUGGUGUUUCCGGAGCAAGCCACACGACACAGAAGGAACCCUUGGAUUUCCGAGAAGUAGGAGAAAAAAUUUUGAAAAAGUAUGUAUCUGUGUGCGAAGGACCCCUGAAGGAACAAGAAUGGAAUACGGCAAACGCGAAACAAAUUUUAAACUUCUUUCAGCAUCAUACUAAUCAGCCAAGGAAUGACAACUAAGAAAGAGCCAAGGAAUGACAAGUAAGAAAGACACAGACACGAUAAAGACACAGACACACAAGAAGCUUGAUGCAGCGUCUCCUGCCCAGUCAAACCGGGCUCCUUAUUUAUUGUCUCAACUACCCAUCCUCCCGGCUCUGGUUCCCAGGGGCCUGUUGCCAAGUUCCUGCUCCGGAUCAGCAAGUAGCUCUCUGCUUGGAGGCAGGCUCGUGUUUGCACGUAGGCUGUCUUGACUUUUCGUUUGCUACUUGGUCAGCACCUUGCUCGUUGGCAAGUGCAGGAUGUUCCAGAGCAGAAGAUAAUCUCACCGCCAGGGACGGUCAGCCAGGAACAGGCCCACAGUCACGGUCAGCCUGAGACAGGCCCUUAGGGUAUGUAGCUGUUAAAAGCAAAAACAAAUAUUUCUGUAUAAUGUUAUGGAGUCACCUUUAGUGAAAAACAAGAUGGAAAAUGUGUAUAGUACUAUUUAAGAAAGGGAAUAAAUAAGUGU